AUGGAGGAGAAAUAUUUCGAAGCGACAGGGGCUACACCGGGUGUUAACACUGGUUUCUUGGGAAAACACCUCCACUCUUUGUCACUGCUACAAAAGCCAAACAGGGUUACGAGAACCCAAUUCGUGCCCAAAACCCCAAUCACCCUCCUCCAUAUAUGGCUACCUCCACCUCCCGCGCCCCUCGUCUCCCUCCGGAACCCUCGCCGCGACCUCCUCCUCUCCGCCGCCGCCGACCUCGGCUUCUUCCACCUCGCCGACCACGGCGUCCCCGCCCACCUCCACGCCUCCGCGCUCCUCGAAUCCCGAUCCCUCCUCGCCUCCCCUUCCCCUCCCGAUCUCUCCCCCCUCGGCUUCCCCCAAAUCGACGACGACGACGACGAAGUAUCCGACCCGAUCCUCGUCCUCGACGUCGACGAUCGUGGCGAUCGCGGCGAUCGCGAGGGUUUGAGAUCGCUGGUGGAGUUCGGGAGGUGCUUGAAGAGGGCGGCGAUGGGGGUGGUGGGGAUGCUCGCGGCCAUGGGAGCGGGAGGGUUCGAGGUGGAUCCGUUCGGGGAUGCGACGAGGGCGAGGUGUUUGAUGUGGGUCUCAACGAACCGGGGAAGAGGAGGCGAGGAGGGAGAGGAGAGGAUGAGGAGUAAAAGGUAUCCGUACGUGGUGGGGUUGCGCUACGAGGCGGAGGAGCCGAGUUGGGUGCACGGCGACUCGGGCGAGUGGGUCGCGGUGGAGCCCCGCGACUACUCCGUGCUCGUCACGCUCGGCGACAUCGCUCAGGUUUGGAGCAACGGGAGAUUCAAGAAGGUAAGAGGCUUGCCUCAACCCUUCUCCUGCAAUGAAUCUAGCGAAAUAUCUAUAACCCUGCUACUAACCCUUCCUUUGGAUACCAUUAUCUCCCCACUAUCACCAUUGAUGGAGGUGGAGGAUGAGGAGUGUGAGCAGUGGAACAUUGACUCUGUUGAUGAUCAUGGCACUAGUAGUAGUAGCAGCAGAAGAAGAAGAUUUCGUUCGUUCUCGCUUGACGAAUAUGCUUGGAGGGUUUACCAUGAACGCCCGCCGUUCAAAGAUCCGCUUAUCCGAUACCGUAUUUAGGAUUUCGUAAUCCUUCGCGCUCAUUCUCCUCCCCUGUUUUAAGUAUUUAUGAACAUUUCAUGCUUGGUUUGCUGUAAGUUUUGUACUGUUUAUAGCACGAGCCUGCUUUCAAGUGUCUUUUUCUAGUUCUUGAAGAAGUAAAGAAGACAAAAAAGAAGCAUCCUAAUGCAGGACAAAACUGUUUGAUAUGGUCUCAAUCAGAUGUAUACUGUGCACCAAAAUGCAAGGGAGUGAGAGAGAGAGUUAAAGAGAUUUGAAUAUAUAUUUAUUGGGUGAAUGAGAUGUUAUGUGUACUAUAACGACCUAAAGGGCUAAUUAUUUGAAGAUCAAGUUUUUCUUGAGAUGAA